AUGCUCCGCUCGCUCGCCUUCCCCCGACCGCUCGUCGCCCGUCGCUCGUACGCGACCGACGCUCUGCACCCGGUCACCGCCGCACUUCGAGCUGCCCUCAAGCAGUCGAUGCUCGCCAGGACCACGGCCCGCACCGGUGUCAUCAAGUCCGUCCUCGCCGACCUCCAGAACGCCUCACACUCGGCCGGGUCCGCCCCUUCGCCCCUCAAGACGCUCCAGCUCGCCAUCUCGCGCCGCACCGACGCCGCCCAGACGUUCCGCACCGCCAACCGCACCGACCUCGCCGACCAGUACGACGACGAGGCGCGCAUGCUGGCCGAGUUCAUGCCCAAGAAGCCCCCAGCCAUGACCAAGGACCAGGUCGACGCCCUCGUCCGCGAGACGCUCGAGUCGAACGGCAUCAAAAAGGCGACCGGCAAGGACGUCGGCCGCAUCAUCUCGCUCGUUCGCGAGCACACGGGCGACCGCGCCGAGGCCAAGGACGUCGCCGAGGCGGUCCGCCGCAUCGAGCUGCCCUGA